AAACACACAAUUUCUUUGACUUGAUGACAUGAAAAUACGAUAAAAGAUUUUGACAGAAAAAACAACAUAACAAAUAUUUGAUUGAAAUAAAAAGAAAUAUAAUUUAUUUCUUCUUUUUACUUUUUUGACUAGAACUGUCUGCAUCUCCUGACUGAGCUGGGGAAACUUUUUGAACUUUUUGCCAUUUUAAAGGUUUUCUUCUAUACAUCGGCCAUGGAGGAAGUGUGAGCAAACAGGAUAAGGCAAAACCAGCUAUAAGAAUGUACAUGGUCUGAGAAAAUUGUUGACAGACAUAGCCCCAAAUAAACCCAACAAUUCCAAAUACAACUAUGAUAAUCUGGAAUGUUCUUUCUGCUCUUUUCUGGCCAUCAAAAUCCAUGUGUACUGGGAUAGAUUUGAUUGCAUUUGGAAUAAGGGGCGUGAUGUAUUCCAUUCUGAUUUCUUAAAAACUUUGAAAAUAUAACAAAAUUCUUCACAAUUUCCUUCUACUCUUUCGCAUGUGGAGGAAGAUAGAGUAUGGUUAAUUAAAAUUAUUGACUCAGAAAUAAUCUAACGGAAAACGAAAUGCGGUCUCGUACAUAACUAGGCUUUAUUUUACUCAACAGAAAACGAUUCUUUGUUAAAUUAUCUCCCUGGACAAUGGCGUUCCGUAGAAAACUGAUAAAAUGGAUCCUCGUGAUAGUUUUUGCUAUUUUCUGCAUAAAAUAUUGGUUAGAGCAUAAAUCGUUCACAUUUUCUCAUGAUUCAGUUGCCGCCAUCGCCAAGAAGUAUUCAGGUAAAAGUCCAGAGGUAGCCUUCCCACAGAUCAUCAAGGAAUUAAGAUCAAAAUAUCCUGGACAUAUUCUACCCAAUAAAGAUCAGCAAUGGAUAUUUAUGAAUGCUGGUGGUUGGAUGGGGUCCAUGUCAGUUCUCCAUGCCUCGUUAACCGAAUAUGUUCUGUUAUUUGGUACAGCUUUAGAAACCACUGGACAUUCAGGUCGUUACUGGGCUAAUAUAACAGACACUUUAAUAACUGGUACUUUUAAACAAUGGAAAGAGGGAAAAUUAAAACAUCAGAUUUAUAAACCGGGUGAUACAGUUUAUCAUGAAUGGGGAGAAGUAACGGCAGUUUCAUGGACAGACAAUACAUGGAUGGUGGAAUACGGCCGAGGUUUCAUUCCCUCAACCCUAGGAUUCGCUUUAGCUGAUACUUUCUUCUCUACUCAAGACUAUAUUACAUUGUAUUACAUCCUAAGAGUUUACACAAAAGCACUGGUGCAGGAGGCAGUGUGUUAUAUUGGAGAAUUAAAGCAUUAUCUGAAAGAUUCCUUUUGA